UACUGAGUCAUAGAAGAGGCUGGCCAUCAGCAAAUAUUAACCUGCCUACAAACAAGUCCAUGGCAUUCAUUACUUGGUGCGUUACAUAUGUCACAAUGAAAACAACUUUAUUGCUGUUCUGCAGUCUUCUGUGUGUCGCCACCUCACAGAUAGACCAAGAUGGAGUGUGCACUGAGCCAUUCCCAGUGGUGAGCAAUGCAGAGGUGUCCGAGGAGUACAGGAAGCCCAACUACACCGAUGGCAGCCCCCUGCCCUUCUCGUGUGUAUUAGGUUAUGUGCCGGCAGGACGAAUCGUGUACUCUUGCUCCAAGACCAAAUGGGCUAGAGUCCGCAACGGGAGGUGUCUUCCUAAACCAUGUGAACUACCAGAAGACAUGCAAUAUGGGAGUUACGACUUAGUUGAAGGAACUGACCUAGUGUUUGGAACAGUGAUCAAGUACACCUGCGACAAGGGCUACCAAAUGAUGAGUCAAUUUGACAGAAGAGUGUGUAUGCUUGAUGGAUGGAGCAACAGUUUACCAGUUUGUGAAGUUCUCACCUGUGAGUUGGGGGAAACUGACUCCAGUGUCACCAUGAGCAGAGGAAAUCCAGCUAAUGGAGAACCUGUUAAAUAUGGAGAGACACUCCACUUCACAUGUGCCCAAGACGGGAUGAGCAUAAGGGGGGAAAAGGAGGUGACUUGCACAUCCAGUGGAGAAUGGAGUGCGCCGUUUCCCAAAUGUGAAGCAAUUACUUGUGCACGUGACGAAAUCCAUAACAGUGUCCAAGUAAGAGGCCUACCCACUGGAAACAGUCCUGUGGCAUAUGGAACAAAACUACAUUUCAGUUGUAAUUCAAACAUGGCCCUUGAGGGAGUGCAAGUGGUAACCUGUUUGAAAAAUGGACAGUGGAGCAGCACUUUCCCAAAAUGCGUAAAACUUGAUAAGCAAUGUGGUCCACCACCAUCAGUCCCAUUUGCAGAUAUAGUUGGCACAUCACGCCAAGAGUACAACGAUGGGGACUGGGUGAAGUUCAAAUGCCAAUCUUACUACAAAUUGCAGGAUCUACGUGAGUCGACGAAGUGUAUAAAUGGACGAUGGUCCAACCCAAUUACAUGUCUCAAACCCUGCACAGUGACACCAGAGGAUAUGGAUAAGAGGAACAUUGCGUUUAAAUGGCCCAAACCUGGUCUUCGCUAUGUUGAACAUGGUGACCGAAUAACAUUUGCUUGCAAAAAGGACUGGAGAGAAAGUCUUAACGUUGCCUUUGCACAGCCCUGUAAAGACGGCCGCAUGAAUUUUCCUGCAUGUUACUAAUACAUCUAUUGAUUGAAUGUCAGGAUUUAUAAAAUGAUACUCAUGACUAAUAUCCAGGGGAAAAAUAAAAGAAAUGUUUUUUUUUUAAAGUAA